CACACACACACGGCACCCCACCUGCCUCCCCCACCUGCAGAGGGUCUCCUGACACUGCGGGCCAAGCCGCCCUCAGAGGCCGAGUACACAGACGUGCUUCAGAAAAUCAAGUACGCCUUCAGCCUGCUGGCCCGGCUGCGCGGCAACAUCGCCAACCCCUCGUCCCCAGAGCUGCUGCACUUCCUCUUCGGACCUCUGCAACUGGUCGUGGACUCGUCGGGCGGCCCCCAAUUUGCAAGUGAAGUGCGGCGGCCGCACCUGACGUCCGAGGCCGUAGCACUGUUGCGGGACAACCUCACCCCACGUGAGAAUGCGCUCUGGACCUCGCUGGGGGACUCGUGGACCCGCCCGGGGCUGGAGCUGCCCCCAGAGGAGGGAUCCCCAUACAGCCCUGAGUUCUCCAGCGGCUGGGAGCCCCCCGCCACCGACCCGCACGGCCGUGCCUGGGAGAACCCAGUAGACAGACAGCUGCAGCAUGAGAGGCGGCGCCAGCAGCAAAGUGCCCCCCAGGUCGCUGUCAAUGGUCACCAAGACGCAGAGCCAGAGGCUGAGCCCCAGCUGGAGCCGGAAGGGAAGUGGGUCCUGUGUAAUUAUGACUUCCAGGCCCGCAACAGCAGUGAGCUGUCGGUCAAGCAGCAGGAUGCGUUGGAGGUCCUGGAUGACAGGCGCAAGUGGUGGAAGGUUCGGGACCAGCAAGGGCAGGAAGGAUAUGUGCCCUAUAAUAUCCUAACACCCCACCCGCGGCCCCAAGGAAGCUGCAGCCAAAGCCCUUCCCGCAGCCUGGAGGACAGCAUUCCCCCUCACCCACCAGCGCCCGCCCCAGCUCCUACCUUGUCUCGGCCCCACUGGGACAGUGGUGAUAACCUCAACUUGGACCCCAGAGAAAAGGAGAAAUUCUCCCAGAUGCUCUGUGUCAACGAGGAGCUGCAGGCGCGCUUAGCCCAGGGCCGCUCAGGCCCCAGCCGCGCAGCCCCGGGUCCCCGCGCCCCGGAGCCACAGCUCAGCCCGCACUCGGACGCGGCCGAGGUCCGCGCCUGGCUGCAGGCCAAGGGAUUUAGCGCUGGGACCGUGGACGCGUUGGGCGUGCUGACCGGCGCGCAGCUCUUCUCGCUGCAGAAGGAGGAGCUGCGAGCCGUGAGCCCGGAGGAGGGGGCACGCGUGUACAGCCAGGUCACGGUGCAGCGCGCGCUGCUGGAGGACAAAGAGAAAGUGUCAGAGUUGGAGGCGGUGAUGGAGAAGCAGAAGAAGAAGGUGGAAGGCAACCUGGAAACAGAGGUUAUCUGACCAUCCCCGGCUGCUCUGCUCGAAGUUUCGAGGCAGCCCCAUGGGAGAACAGAGUCUGCAGACUGCCCCCACCCCCACGGAAGUCGAGCCCUUGCGAAGGCUCCGGACCUGUUCCAACUCUGGUCUCCCCCCGUCCCCGUGGAGUCUCCUGCGUGAGCGGACUGGCCGUGAGUGGGAGGGAAGGGGACCACACUCGGGUGCCCUGUGCAUUGUGAUACACCACCCAGUCUAUAAACAGCCUCCUCUUAGCAGGCAUUGUCAACUGCUGUCCCUUCUCUACCGGGCCACCAGGGGGCCCAGCGACCUGCCCCUCGCCCCACCUACGUGUCCCUACCUUUUUUGGUUUCUUUCUCGGGCUUCCUCUUCCCCUCCGGGCCAGCAAGCCAUCCUCCAGUCCACUCGAGAGAGAUCUUCUGAACACCCACUCUCCUUCCCUGGCUCCUCAAGGCCCCCCUCGCCCCAGAGCCUAGUGUUUAAGGCCCUGAGAGGUUUGGUCCCUACCCCACCCCACGCGCUCUGGUCCUGCCCUUCUCCAAACACCCCAAAACCCCCUCAACCACUGGGGUUGUGCAUGUUUUCCGCUGGCUGGAACAGUGGUUUCCUGCCUGGUGAACUGCCAGUCAGCCUUCCUGCUGCAGCUCAAAUACCCCCCUUGGGGGAAGCCUGCACUCACCUCCCAGCAUCCAUUUCCCUUUGUCCCCUACCACCUGCCAGGGGCCCAGCCACAAAGAAGGGGCUGCCUCCUGAAUGUGCCACAGGCCUCCUGGCCACUGUUCUCCUGGGAGGUCACAGCCUAACCAGAAGCUGCCCACCUCAAGAGCAGCCAGCUCCUCGUCCUCUUUGCCGUUGGUAACUUUUCCCAUUGUCCAGACAGCUAGCACGGGUGGUUUAGGAUGGGUUUUCUCUGGAUCCCAGACUCCUUCAGACUGGCUACUCCCCCAGCUUUAGGAAGACGGCCCUUUCCUCCUCAUCCGGUGAUCCCUUCCCUGUCCCCAGGAUGCCCACUGCCAAGCCUCCCCACUCCCAGUUCCUGCCACCUUCUACCUAAGCACCCCCCCUCCAUGAUGCCCUCCAAAAUCAGACGAGAUGAGACCCAGUCCUGGGCAUGCAGGAGCUCUGAUUCUGUCCCUCUCUGCCCCCCACCAGCUAGAGUCCAAGCUCCAGGAUUGGACAAGGCAGGCCCGAGCCCUGUCCUAGCCCAGUGCAGCCUGUCAGGCCCUGCAGGCUGCUGUCCCCUCCACUAUUCAGAGCCUCACGGUCUCUCACCAUUUCUAGACCGCCCCCCUCCUUGCUGAGAUCAUGGCAGCGGGGCUCCCCGUUUCUGUCCCUCACUGUCAUCCCCCGGACUGUUGUCAAGGCAGCAGCCAAAGGGACCUGUUAAAACCUAGGUCCCACCUCACCGUUCGAGUCCUUGCCAUCACCUCCCCAACCUCACCCCUCCUAGUUCUCUGGCCACACAGGCUGCUUCCUGCACCUCCGCAGUUCAGGUACACCUCCGCCCGAUGGACUGUCCCUGCUGCUCCCUUAAACACCUCCAUGGCUCCUUCCCGGACACCUGCGAGUACCUGCCUGUGCCGGCUUUCCGGGGGACUGACUCAGUGGCUGCUACGGACUCCGCGCACACAGACGCCCCGCUGCCUGAGAACCCCCUCCUCUCCUCACGGCAGGCCUCUCCUCCUCCCCCGUGUCAGGUCUUUACCACUCCCCUCUACGGAAUCACCAGGAGGUAGGACGGGGCCUAGAAAGGAGAACACGACCGGGAAUGAAAGCACGCCCCCUCCUCCGCCCCAGCCACACUGAAGAGCUCCUACUAUCCGAGUCCUAUUUCCAGAAAAGCCAGAAUUCUAGGGUUUUUAAAAAUGAAUG